AUGGCAGUGGCCGACAUGGUGGUGCACGGCGACGACCAUGGCGACAUGAGGGUGUCUGGCAGUAGCAUCUGCGGCAUGAGGGUGUUUGGCAGUCGCAUGCCGCCGGUUGCUCUUUGGCCGUGGAUUGAACCGUUUUUUAUCGGGGAUUUUAUACGGGUAAAAUUCAGGCUGAUAAUAUUUCGGCCCUUUGUAGGAGAAAUUAUAUCUGCAAGACUAAAAGAGUCAAACGCUGAUGGUUUACGGUUAUCACUUGGAUUUUUUGAAGAUAUAUACAUACCCGAAUUGCUAAUGCCGGAGCCAUCCGAAGCUGAGCCUGACUCAGAAAACAAGGGCCAAGUUAAAUGGACAUGGUUAUUUAACGACGAGAAGUAUUUAAUAGACGGAGUCGAUGAGAUUAGGUUCCGGGUUCAAAACAUUAAGUUCCCUGAAAUCCCAAGAGAGCAAAAAGACCCGAAGCCUUUUGCCCCUAUGGAGAUAAUUAGAUCACUUGUGUCGGAGGGCGGUUUGGGCCCCGUUUCAUGGUGGGUGGGUGUAGUCGAUGCGAACAAAAUUUUCUGUUGGUUAUGCCUUGUAGAUCAGAAAAAUGUUAUUUUCAUACAUCUUUUCUGCAAAUUUUGAGUUUUUUGUUCACAGAUUUUAUAUAUUAGCUUAGUUAGUACUUUAAAAGUCAUUGAUUUUUUUUUAAGAGAUUAAAAUAUUUUAUUAAAAA